UCAGAUUUGAAAAUUGAAUUAACUAAGCCACAAGGCAUAAAAAUUAAAAGCUACAAAAAUAUAUUUAUUAGCGUUUUUUCAUUAACAAGAUAUUAAGUUAGCUUUUAUAAUGUCAUCAAUAGAUUUUGAUCCAGCAAUCAAACUAUGUCUGAAAUAUUUACAUUCAAGCGCUUCUGAUUCAACUGAACAGCUACGUCUUACUUUAGAUGAUAGUAUUCGGCAAACAUACGGGAGUUCAAAAACUCUUGGUAAUGUUUUAUCUAAAAAAUAUCUAAAUGAGGAGAAAACAUCAUCGCCCUCACGGUCCAAACAUAAAAGCGAUAAGAGUUCCAGCUCGAAAACUAUACCGAUGCCACAACACAGUCCACAGCAAAUACAAAUACCAGAAAGAGAAGGAGAUGUAGGUGUUAUGGAUGAUGGCGAGUUGGCGUUUGAUUUAUUACAAGAGGAUUUGACUUGUGUUGUGUGUAGGCAAAUUGCAGUGCAAGCGGGUAACCGCUUGGUUGAGUGUGAUGCUUGUCAUGCUCUCUAUCAUCAGGACUGCCACAAACCGGUAAUAAGUGAUAAUGAUAUGAGUUCUGGAUGGCAUUGUGCAUCAUGUCUUACACAAGGCUUUGCAUACACCAACAAAGUGGUUAAAUCUCCUACUCGAGUAUCUGAUUCUACUCCGGUAAAAAUAACAACCAGUGCAUCUGCAUCUUCGCCACCAUCUAAAGUAGUAACCCCUAACAUUAAUAUCAUCUCAGCAGAUAAAAGAAUACAAACAAUGAAGAAAAAAGCUGCCAAACAACAUGAGAAAAAGAAAAGUAAAUGACAUAGUCUUUCUCAAUGGUAAUUAUUGGGAAUAAUUGCUAUUGCUAUUUUACGCUGACUUGUUCAUUGCUAUAUUUGUAAAGAACCUAGUUAUAAAUGUAGGUAUUCUUAAUGUUUAAUACAUCUUAAUCAUUAAAUUCUUAACUGUAUAUUCUAACAGUAAAUUUAAGUAUUCAGGUAUAAAACAAAAAACAUUGAUAUAUAGACAUAGAAAAAUAUAGGAUUACUAACUUAGGAAACUUAUUAUCGAAUGUAAAUACAUAUUAAAAUAUUGUAUAAUAAAUAUGUUGGAUAUUAACUUUAUGAUAUGACUUUUUUGGUUUUUUUUUGCUUGGACGUCCAAGCAAUCUUUUUUCAACUAUGAAAUAUGAAUUGCGCUUAGACCUAUAUUUUUAACAUUUUUAACCACAGAUGUCAUUACCAUAUGAUUUUAUUUUCAUUUCAUUUAAUAAAGGGUAUAAAAUGUUAAUAAUAUAGAACAUAAAAAUCAUGAGUAUAAUAUUAUUUGUAUAACUACUUGGCACCAAUUUUAAUGUGAAUACAGGAUAAGGAAAAAUAAAGUUUACUUUGCAUAAAAGUGGUA